AGUGCAGUUCGCGACAGCUACAGCACGCACACUGCCGAGUCGUCCGCCCCCUCUACUCGACCCAUUCUUCGCAACAAGUCAACCAUCGCUGAUCACAUCAACGCCUUGACAAUGUCUGACGGUGCAAUGCCCACCAACGGCGCCGGCAGCUCCACGCCCAAGCGCAACGUCGACGAGCCGCUCGUCAAGAUCCAGCCGCCGCGCAGGGAGGACCUGCAGCCGAGCUAUGCGCGCGCCAUCAAGCCCGACGACGCCCAGACCGACGACCACGGCUGGUACGGCGCCAUGGUCAACACGCUCGGCUCGUGCAUCGGGACCCUCGGCGCCAUCCCGUGCUGCGUCGUCUGCCCCAACCCGUACAAGCAGGUGCAGCAGGGCAAUGUCGGCCUCAUCACCAAGUUCGGGCGCUUCUCGCGCGCCGUGGACCCCGGGCUGGUCAAGGUGAAUCCGCUGUCUGAGAGCGUGAUCCAGGUCGAUGUCAAGAUCCAGAUCGUCGAGGUCCCCAAGCAAGUCUGCAUGACCAAGGACAACGUCUCCCUGCACCUCAACUCCGUCAUCUACUACCGCAUCACCUCCCCGCACAAGGCUGCUUUCGGCAUAGCCAACAUCCGACAAGCCCUCAUCGAGCGCACACAGACGACUCUCCGGCACGUCAUCGGCGCCCGCGUCCUGCAGGACGUCAUCGAGCGGCGCGAGGAGAUCGCGCAGAGCAUUCGCGAGAUCGUGGAGGAGACGGCCGCCGGCUGGGGCGUGGAUGUCGAGUCCAUGCUCAUCAAGGACAUCAUCUUCUCCCAGGAGCUGCAGGACUCACUGUCCAUGGCCGCGCAGAGCAAGAGGACUGGAGAGGCCAAGGUUAUUGCCGCACGGGCUGAAGUUGAGAGCGCGAAGCUCAUGCGCCAAGCCGCGGAUAUUUUGAGCAGCGCGCCCGCUAUGCAGAUCCGGUACCUCGAGGCCAUGCAGUCCAUGGCCAAGAGUGGGAACAGCAAGAUCAUCUUCAUGCCUGGGCCGACCAACUCGGGCGACUUUGGGGUCCAGCCGACGGCUGAGGGAGGUUCUUCUGCGCUGCCGUCGAGCAACUUGCAGCAGGCGAUCAAUGCGCAUGUGUUUAAUGACAUGUAGGUGAUUUUCGUGGGAGGGAGAACAGAUUGACUGAAGCGGGCGACGAAGGACGCGGGUAAUAUAUGACGUGGGGUGUUUUGUUCUACUGUUGGAUUGGUUCGGUCUGGCUAUGAUACCCUUUGGCGUCUACAUGUCGCUUCACUCGCUCGGUAUGGUACCAUAAUGCUCUCUGUAGUCUUGUAAUCGCAAAGUGUUUCUACA